GAUGGCAAGUGUAUUGGCCCGCGUCCAGAGGGCGUGUCGUGUUCCUGUGCCAUGCUCCAUCUCUCGAGCAGCGUAUGUAAGACGGAGAAUACAUCAGACACCCAUUGCUCUCGCAAGGAAGCAGAAGACCGUGGUCGCCGAAGAGGAUGACAUCUUUGCCUCUGCAGACGCGGGAGAGGAUUUGUUUGGCUCCAUCGAAACAGCACAGGAAGCUGAUGCCAUAUCAAGCCCGUCCAUAGGCGAUGUCAAGUCAUCUCGCAAGCUGAGCACGAAGGAUCGGCUGAAGAGAUUCGAUGACUUGCGCAAGUUCGUCGCGGACAGGAUUGGCAGAAAACCUGUGGAGAAACUUCCUCCCGUUCGCAACACGGCAUGGCAGCAUCUGUUCAUGCUGGCCACAACCAAGGAACAGAUGGAAGAGGUGGUGAAGCUGUUCCCUCUCUGGCGAGAUUCGAAGAGAGUUUUCGACGAGCAGGCCGCGAAAGUCUUCGUUCGCCGUUGCGAGCAGCUGCACUGUCCGACGCUCGCGUUGAAUGUCUUUAGCGACCACUCAAAAUACGGAUUCGACCUUCCUUCGCUCCCGGUAGCGCGCAACCUCCUCUAUGCACUUCACGACGAACAUCCCUUACAAGAAACCAUCACACUGUCUGCGCUCUUCGGCGUCUACAAGCUCCAGCCUAUAUCGUCGGAUCUGGUGUCUUGCGCAAUGCUCACCUUGGCAUGCUUCAAGCACGCAUCGCCGGAGUCGCUGGUGAUCGCACGUGAGAUGGUCCCCCAUUUGCAGGCGCUGUUGGCAAACACCGAUCCGCGUUCUCAGGCGCUACCGCCGGUGCGUGUCACAGACGAAGACAGGGAGAAGGCAUGGUUGGCUGUGACAUUGGCGAAGAUCGAGGAGGAGCUGCAAAAACAUGGGAUCGAGUAUAGGUGGUUGCGGCGGUGGCGGGAGGAUAGUGGCCAUGCUCAGGUCUCUGCAUAACAUUCGCUAUUUGCUGUGGUAGUUCAUGUUAUGCUGGUUCAGCCCGCUCAUGCGCCCACCAAUUUGAUGCAUUCUGAUAGCACAUGCACCAAUGUACUGAAAGCACUGGCCGGACGAGCUGACAUGUAAAGCAUAAAAGAAUCACUGCCAGCACGCCGCAGAUAAAUAAGUCAACCAAACAGACGGAAACCGAGAACGUGCAAUGAAUGCUAGUGUACAAAUGUGAAAUGCUAAUAUUGCUGCUCCCAUGUGGCGGGUUGUCCCCAGUGACUGUCGAACCAGGUUUUGAGAACGUCUGUGACCUGGUUGUUCCAGCUCUCUUUCAUGACAUCGUCAUUCAGACAAAGCAGAGCGACAUUUGGGUUACGCUCAAUUCUUCUCAGCAUAGAGGAUACCUGUCCGGGACUUGUAAGCCGUUCAAAGGCUGACGGUGUGUCU